AAAGUGAAAUUCGCUGCGAGAAGAGGCUUGUUCUUCACUUCUCUUAACAUGACAAGGAAUCCCUAAACCCUAACCGCCUAAGGUUUCUCCCCCCCAAAACCCCUCUCUUUCAGUGGCCUGAUUAAACCCCCCCUUCCGGAACACAUUUAUAUCAUCAAGAUUCAGAUAUGGAUCCCUCUCUCACCGAAGAAGCCCAAACCCAAAAAUCCUCAACAAAAGCUGAAGCAUUGAAACAGUUUUCUUCUUCUAUGAAACCCCCUUCUUUCUCCUCUUCAAUAUCAAAGCUAUCCGGGUCUUCAAGAGCCAUCCCAUGCAAUAAAGAUUUUCACUUCUACUUCAACUUCGAAGAAUUCAAGAACCCAAUUCAGGAGAUGGCCAAACAUUCCCAAUCGAUUCUUGAAACAAUUGGGUCAUCAGCCGAGCAAUUAUGGGGCAAAAAGCAGAUGAAGUUUCCUAAUGGUGAUCUUGAUGAUGACGACGAGGCCUAUGACUGGUUAGUUAAUUUUAACGACGAGAUGUUUGAAAGGUUUGAUUCGUCUAUUGACGAGUUUAAAAAGAUCAGAAACAAAGAAGAGGAAACAGGUGUUAGGGUUACGAAUUUAGUUGAUGAUGAUGGGUUUCAGUUGGUUCAAGGCAGAAAAAAGAAAGCGUUCGAUAAAGAUUCAUUGGUUAAUAAUAGUAAUUCAAGUAGAAGUGCUGAUAAUAAUCUGGGCAAUGCAUCGUCUGUGAAGGUUGUUUCAAGGGACAGUAAUGCAAUGGGGACACCAAAGGCGAAAGUUUCAUUUCAUAUACCUUCCAUAAGGAGGCCACAAGAUGAGUAUAAAAUACUGGUCAAUAAUGCCAACCAGCCAUUUGAACAUGUUUGGUUGCAGAGAAGUGAGGAUGGAUCCAAAUUGAUACACCCACUGGAGAACCUUUCUGUCAUGGAUUUCAUUGACAAAACAGUAAGCGAUGUAGAGCCUGUAAAACCACCUCCAGUUGAAAGCACAUCGUUCAAGAUCAUACAAGAAGUAAAAGAUUUGAAGCAACUAGCUGCUACACUGCGUGAAGUUGAUGAAUUUGCGGUUGAUUUGGAACACAACCAAUAUCGAUCUUUUCAAGGGUUGACAUGUUUGAUGCAAAUAUCUACUAGAACAGAAGAUUUUAUUGUGGAUACGUUGAAACUAAGGGUUCACAUUGGUCCAUAUCUCCGAGAGGUUUUCAAAGAUCCUACCAAAAGAAAGGUUUUGCAUGGAGCUGAUCGUGAUAUUGUAUGGCUGCAACGUGAUUUUGGCAUAUACAUUUGCAAUAUGUUUGAUACUGGACAGGCCUCAAAAGUGUUAAAAUUGGAGAGAAAUUCUCUGGAGUUUCUUUUGCGACACUUCUGUGAUGUUGCUGCAAAUAAAGAAUACCAAAAUGCAGACUGGCGAUUACGUCCACUGACUGAUGAAAUGCUAAGAUAUGCUAGAGAAGACACACAUUAUCUUCUGUAUAUUUAUGAUCUUAUGAAACGAAGGCUGCUUUCAUCAUCAACAGAUCCAGAUUGCCCUGAAGCACUUCUGGUAGAGGUAUACCAACGGAGUUAUGAUAUAUGCAUGCAGCUCUAUCAGAAAGAGCUUCUGACUGAGAACUCAUAUCUAAACAUAUACGGGUUGCAUGCUGCUGAUCUCAAUGGUCAGCAACUUGCCAUUGUUGCAGGACUUUGUGAGUGGAGAGAUGUUAUUGCUCGUGCAGAAGAUGAAAGCACUGGUUUUAUAUUGCCAAAUAAAUCACUCAUUGAGAUUGCAAAACAAAUGCCAGUGACACCUAGUAAAUUGCGACAUGUAAUGAAGUCCAAACACCCAUAUAUCGAGCGCAACCUUGGUUCUGUUGUCAGCAUCAUUAGGCAUUCCAUGCAGAAUGCAGCUGCAUUUGAACCCGUGGCCAAGAAACUCAAGGAAGAAUACAUCGAAAUUAUGGCUGCAAGAAAUGCUAGAAAUGCAGAUGCCCAGGAAGCAGCAGAAGCUGCAGUAAAUGAAAAUGUUAGUAAUGCUGCAGAAGGUGACACUUUUGAAAAGGAAGUGGGAAACUUUAUUGCUGGAGUCAACCAAAAUAAUAAAUUGGACGGGUCUUCUGGUUCCAGAGUAAGCAUUGAGGUACAGAAGAAGCCGAGCCGUGCCUUUGGAUCGAUGUUUGGAAAGAGGAAACUAAAUGCUGAAUCAAAGGCAACAGAGGAGAUUAAGGUGGAACAGAUCAAAUCUUCUGUGUCCCUUCCAUUCCAUUCUUUCACUGAAAAACCCGAGUCUUCACGUCCUGUUGUACAAGAAACCUCAAAUGUCGAGAAGCUUCCGGAUGUUUCGCCUGCAACAACCACCUCUAAACCGGAAAACGACAUUAUUUUGCUGGAAUCUGAUUCCAAUGGGGAGGAGGAGCCAGCAGGUGCUCCGGAAUCAACAGCCGCCAAUGAUCAGAGCGGGGAGGGCAAAACGGAAGAUGAAGACAAAGUGAUAUUGUUGGAUUCCGAUUCCGGUUCUGAUGAGCGGAAUCAUGGGGAUGAGGGGAAUGUGUCACUGUCGGAUCUUUCUUCAAGCUUCCAGAAGUUGAACCAGGGUGGUGAGGAUUCCUCGGGGCUUGUGAAGGUGACACCAUUUGAUUAUGAGGCAGCAAGGAAAGAAGUAGGGUUUGGGGAAGGCGGUUCAGGUAGGGCUGAAGGGGAAGAUGGUAAGAAGGGUAAGCGUGAAAAGAAGAAGUCGGGUGGUGGUCGUAAGGAGGCUGCUGGCGAAAGGAGUGGAGAUUUUCAGUUGGGUAGGCGGCGGCAAGCUUUUCCGGCGACUGGUAACCGGAGUUCAACUUUCCGGUGAAUGCUGCAGAUGGAGACACCGUGUUGUUUGAUUUUUAUGUAGGACGUUUAAAGAAUUUUCACCCAAGAAAACUUGAUUAGCAGAAGAACAUAAAAAAAAUUAUAUAUAUUGAAAUUGAGUUUCUUUCAA